UUUCUGUAGUCAUCCUUCCUGCUUCUCGCCACCGUCGCCUUACUGCUGACUAAUAUCUUGUGGUUUGUGGUCCUUCCUCAUCCUCCUUAGUGCCCGAGCGAAUGCUGGUGGUUGUGAUUCGUGCUCCUUAGUGCUCAUUUUCGUGCCUAUUGCCUUCAAGUUCGUGCUCUUCUAUCUCGCUUAUGGAGUUUCAGGUUCGGCCUUGGCAUCGAGCUUCGCUGUUGCUCGUGACCUCGUCUCCUCGCUGUAGCUAUCCUGAGUCCAGCACUGUCGUUCUCCUCAGCUAAUGUAUUCUGGUAUGAAGUAAUAUGAUCACCUUUUCUGUUACUCUGUCUAUUCUCUGAUAGAGCUCUCCAAAUAGCCGAAUUUCCUCUCAAUUUCUGAAGCAUGGCUAGCUACCACUCAUUUCUGAUAGCCAAUGGUUAGGUCUGCUUUUGCCCUACCUCUGACAGCCUCCUCCGAGCAACCCCAGCAGGUUGGUGUCUGAAACACUUGGUGUUGCAGUGUAACGUGUUGUUGAAGAAGAUGAUCAAGAAGAUGUUAAUUUCUUCUAACUUAUUUUUUAGAAUCAGGAGAGAAGUAACAACCUGUGCUCUUCCUAUUGACCCUUUAGACAUGGCAAUCUCUAUUCCUUCUGGAAGCCACAAAUAUCUUUGCCAUUCCCUAGCAGAUCAGCUUAUACAAAGGGGUUUAUUUUCAUCUGCUCAGCUAGUCAUUCAAAGGAUGAUCAGCCAUUCUAUGUCUGUUGCUGAUGCCGUUUCAGUUGCUAAUUCUGCUGUUGGUCGUGGGUUGGACCUUGAUUUAGAUACCUAUGCUGUCUUAAUAAAGAAGCUGGUGAGUUUAGGGGAGCCACAAUUAGCAGAGUCGCUUUACUUGAUAGAAAUUGAAUCUCGAGGCAAUAAUGCAGACCCUUCGAUUUUGAAUUCUAUGGUAGUCUGCUCAUGUGAGUUGGGAAAGGUAGAAGAUGCAAUAAAUCAUUUUAAUAGGCUUCUUUCCUUCAAUUUUGUGCCUCAGAAAGAAGCAUGCCUUGGCAUUCUACAAAAGUGUUAUGCCCAAGAACGAUAUUUGGAUGCAUUUGAUUUAUUUCUUAGAGCCCAAUAUGCAGAAGCAGAACUGAGUUUUGAGUGCUAUAGUCUAUUAAUUGAUGGGCUAUGCCAUAAAGGGCAUUUGGAUGAGGCACUUCAAGUGUUUAAUCUGUUGCAGAACUAUCAUAAACAUCUCCCUACAGUUCAUAUAUACAAGUCACUGUUUUAUGGUCUCUACAAGGGUAGCAGAGUAUCGGAGGCAGAGUUAAUAAUUGGGGAAAUGGAAUCCCAAGGUAUAUAUAUUGACAAAACAAUGUAUACUUCUCUGGUCCGUAUGUAUUGUAGAGACAAAAGAAUGAAGGUGGCCAUGCAGGUUUUCUUUAAAAUGUUGAAGACAGGUUGUCAGCCAGAUCGAUCCAUGUGUAAUAUUUUAAUUGAUGGUUUUAUGAAGUUGAGUCUAUAUGACAAAGGCUGGUUUAUGCAUGACAGGAUGAUGGAGUGGGGAAUUAAGCCUGAUGUGGUGACUUAUCAAGUUAUAAUGGCCCAGUACUGCAAAGAAGAAAAAUUUGAUCUUGCUUUAACACUUUUCUACAAUAUGAUUAAUUCUAAAGUAGCCCCCAAUGUUCAUUGUUACACUGUUUUGUUCUCUGCGCUGUACAAGCAUAAUAAAGUGGAAGAGUUUUAUGAGUUGUACAAAACUAUGAUGGAAAGCAAUGUUAUUCCUGAUCAUGUGCUGUAUUUGAAACUUGUGAAGAUUUUGCCUGUUUGCGAGUUAGAGCUUGCCUUCACAAUUUUGCAGGCCCUUGCUAAGAAUGGAUGUGGGAUUGAUCUUAUGCUGCCUGCUUCUUCUAGUCCAAAUCCAGAUUUUGAUUUUGAGCAAGAAAUCGAACUCUUGUUGGAGAGAAUUGCGAGGAAAAACAUCAACUUAACUAUUGUAGCCUGUAGUAUUUAUAUCAAUGCCUUGUGUGAGAAAGGAGAAAUAGACAAGGCAUUAGUCCGUUUGAAAAAAUUGGAUGAUGCUGGAUACAGGCCCUUGCAUUUCUGUUACAACUCACUUAUCAAGUGUUUGAGCAAAAUGGGGCAUUUUGAGGAUGCUAACUUUGUAAUUGACCUUAUGGAAGAUCGUGGCUUGGUUCCUGAUCAAGCAACGUUCUUGAUAAUUAUAAAUGAGCUUUGUAAUCAGGGUGAUGUAGUCUCUGCAGUGAACUUCCUGGACCAAAUGGAAGAGAGAGGAAUGAAGCCCUCUGUUGCUAUUUAUGACUCGAUUAUCGGCUGUUUAGUUAGAGAAGGAAAAAUUACUGAAGCAGAAGACAUGUUUAAGAGAAUGCUUAUGUGUGGUGUAGAUCCUGAUGAGGCUGUUUAUACUACAAUGAUUUAUGGAUACUCCAUGAAUGGAAGAAUACUUGAAGCUCGAGAAUUAUUUGACAAAAUGAUAGAGAAUUCCAUCAAACCAAGUUAUCGUUCUUACACUAUUCUCAUAAGUGGAUUAGUUGAGAAGCACAUGAUUGAAGACGGGUGUAUAUACCUUGGCAAAAUGUUGGAGGAUGGUAUGGUGCCGAAUGCUGUGUUAUAUACCUCUCUUAUCUUACAUUUCAUGAAGAACAGGGAGUUUGGAGUUGCCCUUAAGUUAGUUAAUCUAGCGGGCAAAAAUGAGGUAACUUGGGAUCUUAUGAUGUGCAUGGCAUUUGUGAAUGGAGUUCGCAGAUAUAUCUCUCGUAAGAAUAAUAAAGAUUACAACUUACCAAGGAAGUCUGAAUGGGGAAAAGAGAUGCUAUUAUAUUUGCUUAAUUGGAGUCCCUUUCCUGCGAUUGAAAACAGCAUAAGAGUUCCAGCCAAUUCUUCUGAUGCCCUGAAAUGGUUGGCUAGGAAGUUGAUAAAGGGUUUUAAAGGUGCUGCAAUUACGGAUAAUCUCUACCUGAACAACUGCAUAAUAUCAUGGCUUUGUAGGGAAGAAAUGGUUAAUGAUGCAUAUAACCAUUUUCAACUGAUGCAAAAGGAAGGUGUGUGCCCUAAUCAUGUGACUUAUACCAUUCUUCUUCAUGGGUAUAUUCAAUUGGAUGAUAUUGACAGUGCUGUGAGAUUGUUCAACAAGAUGAAUGUAGAUGGUUGUGUUCCGGAUAGGAUUGCUUAUGACACUUUAUUGAAAGGCUUCAUGAGAGCUGGAAGGCUUCUUGAUGCAAUGUCACUUGUGUGUUUAAUGCGCAAAAGGGGAUUAUACCCAAAGGGGGCAUCUUUUGAAAUGUUAUUAUACUGUUUCUGCAGAAGUGGACUAAAUGAUUCUGGAUCCAGAAUAUGUCAAGAAAUGAUCGCCAAAAAUUAACAACAUAUCCUACAUGGGUCACCAUACAAUUUAUGUGAAAAUAGAAGACUGCAUGAAUAUCAGUUGAUAUGUGACAAUACUUUUCAAAGAGCUCUGAAGAAAGGAAAGAAGCUUCUCAUGUGUUUCAGCCAAGCUCCCCAUUAUGUCAAAACUACUUGAAAGGAGAAAGUAUUUAGAAUAUGAAAGGAUGAAAAUUGAAGCUUACUUUAGUUGUGAAGUUGACAUAGCAUUUCAUUGUUGAGGAAAUGAUCUUGAGUAAAAUCUAUUUGUUCACAAAACAAAAUAUGGACUAUAGCUGUCUUUUAUCAGUUAUGCUAUCACGAUCAUCAGAUAUUGUGAAUGAAGAAUUGGCGUUGUGCUUAAUUUCUCUUCUCUUGCAGUGCAGAUUGAUUAGUAUGUUGCUUUCGAUAGAAGUAAUGGAUUCCACCGAUGGCCAGCAAUGACAGCAACCAUGACACCAUUGAAAAGCAUCCUUAACUUUGUGUGAAUGGUACAAUGCUUCAUAUAUAUACAAAGGUAAAGCCUAGAAUCACUACCAACUACCAACUACCAACUACGAACUCCUGCUUUGACGGGCUUGUAUUUGAGGUCAAAUCUAUGAAACUCCUUUUCCGGUUGCCAGAGCUGCUAAUCAUCUGGAGCUACUUGACAAUGCUCCUGAAGUUCUGGAGUGGAUCCUUCAGAAGAAAAGGUAGGACGAAAGAAAGAAAGGGGUGAGGCCCUGCAGGGGCAGUUGGGCUUUACCUCUAAUUCCAUGUCUCUCCUCAUUUCACUAGGCACUAGAGGGAAUCUGGCUUAUUGAAGUUUUGAUGCAAGAUUUUGCCGCCAUUGAUACAACAUAGUGGUAUGUAAUGGAGGUUGCUCCUAAUUUUAUCUCUUAGCGGCUGGAGGACUCAGCUUAGUGGCCCAAGACCAUUUUUGAUGUUGGCUCUGGCAUCGGUGGCAGUUCAAGUUAUAUGGCAAAGGAAUUUGGGGCAAAGUGCAUAGGCAUCACUUUGAGUCUUGUUCAGACUGCUAGAGCAAUUUACGCUUCCUGCUACUCAAGGAUAUGCUGAUGAGAUCUGUGUCUUUUUUUUUUUUUUUAAUUCAUAUUUAUGCUGCUGGCUGCGUAGAAUUGAUAUAAAAAAAAUUAAAGAAACCAAGGUGUUUUCCCCCUAAUUCAUAUUCAAUGUAUCUCCGCCUUUUUAACUUCA